GUACCUACAUGCGAUUCACGUUAGAACUCGUUCUCUGCGUUCGGUCAUUAUUGCGUGCCUUAGCUGGCGAAGGCGGCAUAUCGAAUUUAUUUUCACAUUUCUUUCAUAUUGUUUUCGGGACAUUUGUAGCGACAGAUUGGUGCUUCAUAUCACAUGUAUGUAAAAAAACUUAGUAAACGUGUUUUCGUAAUAAAUAGUGCAAUGGCAGACGGCCAGGACGAGACCUCCGCUGAUCCUAUGAGUGACUAUUUGCGCUUAUGGGGUCUUGAAAUGUACAUAAAUUUGUUCAAAGAACAUUUUAUAGAUGCAGAGACACUUCAAAUGUUGUCGGAGAAUGACAUAAAAGAAUUGAUACCUGUCAUAGGACACAGAGCAAAAUUGACAACACAAUUAAAAUUAUUACAGGAGAUAACCUCAUCAGAAACUCACAAUACCCAUGAUGAUAGCAUCCCUGCAUCAUCAAAUGCUAUCAAUAACUUGCCAAUCCUUACUGAUACCACCAUACACUAUGAGUAUAUUGCUGAAUCUGGACUUGAAUCAAAUAUACAGUAUGAGGAACUACCAAACUUAAAUACAAAUGGAGUAUACAACACUUUGAGUUCAUGUAAUGAAGGAAAAGGACUACUUCUUCGCUACAAAGAAAAUGGAUUACUGAAUAAUGCGGCAAGAAGACAACUUUGCCAUAUAAUUGUAUCCAACGAACUUAAAGAUAACCCCAACAAAAAAGUUUCUAGUUCAAGACUGUAUCAAUUGGCAUUUGAAAUUAAUCAAGUUUUUAAGAAAGAAAGUUCUGCAGUGUAUUUUACACCAUUUAAAUCAUUCAACCCUCGUCAGAAAAUUUCAGCACAAGGCAAACUACUUGAUUGUUAUAGACAAAAAAGACGUGAUUAUAUAAAAUCAGGCAUUAUAGUUUCUGAAAAACAUCACUCAGCAUCACCAUCCACCUCAAGUGCCUCGAAUUCACCCCGGCCCAGUACAUGCACACAAGAGGCCAUUGACCUGUUGGAAACAAAGGAUGAAGAUCUUGAAGAAAAAGUUUUAUGGCUUAAAAACUGUAUGGAUCCAUGGUCAACAGUAGAGUUGUAUUGGGAAGCCACAGCCAAGUAUAGACUAAGCCUCUUGACACAGAGUGGUAUUUCUAUAGACAAAUACUUUCAAGAAUUUAAGGCCCUUAAUCAGCAAGGAGGUCUGCAUUUGUUAUUAAAAGACUUCAACAUUUUGUACCCAGAUACUGACAACAAAUUGUACAAUAAUUGGAAUUUAAUUAAACCCAAAAUUAUUGAAAAUGCAAAUAAGAAAGCUGAUGGAGUAUUGAAGGACCUAUUAAAAAAUUGCAAUGAUGACGAGGACUCUACUGACUUGGUGGCUUUUAUGACAAUACCAUUUCUAAUGAACACAAACACAAUUGUAAAAUCAAAGAAAUGUAAAGGACAACAAUGGCGGCCAUCUAAACAGGAAGUUCUCGAUGCUUUUAUCACCCAUGUGAAAACUGCAGCUGAAAUUGACGAAUGUAUCACAAGAAGACGUGAAAAACUACAAAAAAUAGGAAUUAACUUGCAACCAUUUAUCAUAGUGGUAGGACCAUCACCGAAAGAAAUUUUUGAUAGAUAUGUAAUCCUCAAUAAUGUCAGGUAUGAAGUAACAACUGUACUAGACGCAGUCGACGCAUGCUUCAAAAUAAUAUUUGUUUUGAAUGCUAAGUAUCCGUCUGAAUCCAAGCAUGUGUGGCAAUUUAUACAAAAGGCGAUGUUCAAACUCGAUACCAAAUAUGAUAAAGUAUUUACAACUGUGAAUACUUUAAUAACUGAUCUCAACAUUCAACAAUACUAAUUAUAUUUAGUAUUUGAUGAUAGCACUAAAAUGCCCAAGUGCUUUUUAUGUUUAAAAGAAUUGUAUAGUAUUUUAAACCUUCUUAAGCAUUUUACUUUAGUCCAUGAAAGACAUAGCUUUUCUAUAUAUCAUUGUAUAGAAGACAACUGUACACGUUCUUUUCAUUUGAGAAAUACUUUUCGUAAGCAUUUUUUAAGAGAACACUCUAACAAAACAAAUGACUCUACUACAAACAUUUCAAUUUCUUGUGAAUUUAAUCAGCCUAUUAAUUCUAAUUCAGUUUCUCCACGAAUUGAUAAGUCUUAUAAAGUUCCUUUAAAAACUGCAUUCUCAAAUUCUUCAGAUCCUGAGUUAUUAUAUUUAAAUAGUCUAAAUUAUAUUUGAAUGUGUUUUGUUGUUAACUGAAGAUUUUGAUGAACACUACCAAUGCUUUGAGGUAAAGGUUUCAGAAAACGAAACGCUAAUUUACAUUUUGCAAGAAAAUUUAAUUGCCUAUAUGCCGAAUCAUAUAAAUAUUUCUACUAAUGGUAAAAGUUAUGUGACACAAAGACUUUGUUUAUAAUUACUUUGGGCCAAUAGCAUUGUACCAAAGUAAUUAUAAACAAAUACAAAUCAUAUAUACUAUGUAUACAUCGCAGGGAUACAAUAUAUUGGUCAAUUUAUAAAUGGACCAAUUUACAUAUACUUAGUAUAUAAGUACUUCUGAAUAUAUAUUUCAGUAAAAAAGGAAAAAAAAUAGUAUUGAGCUAUAUACCUACCUUCUUCGCCAAAGUGUAUAGAACAGCUGAUUAUGUUUUUGCGAUUUCGGUUAAAAGAUGUUAGUUUCUCAUCACGAUUUUUGAGUAGAAUUAAAUGUGAAAUAACAUAAGAAUGAUUGAUGAUUUUUUAUGUUUUCGACAUAUUUCAAAGGAUUAACUACAAAACCUUAGUAGUUUUAAUUAUUAGGAAUUGAUUACAAAAUAUAACUCUGUUAGUACCUACCUAAUUAUGUUUUUAA